CUAUAAGACGUUUCACCCGCACACAGUAGUCGAUGGCAGGUCAAUGGGCAGCACUGGAUAUGUAGUCAUGGGGUGAUGACGUAUCGAUCGAGUGAUUUCUGUGGCGCGUGACAAGAUACUCUCACUUCUCACUGUGCUGUGUGCGUGUGUGCUGUGCUGUGCUGUGAACUGUGACUGUCUUCUGUCUGCUAUGUGUGCAUAACCCUACCUUUUUUGAAUCUGGAAAAAUAAUUCAUUUUGGUGUGAUACCACGAUUACCAAGUGUUAUUUUGCACAGUCUCUGCCACAGAGAGCCAGUGUCACAUAACAAAAUAAAUAGCAAAAAUCUUCCUAUUGUCGUGGUGUUGGAAGUGUGUGUGGCCAUAUUUCGUAACAAAAACGUAUUUUAAACGUAGCUGAUUUUGUAUGGGACAUCGUUGAUAUACAGCUAAAAAGUGCAAAUAUGCCAAAGAAAAAAGCAUCUGGUCAAUCUUCAGCUUUGGGUAGAAGUCUGAUAAAGGAUCGAUUUGGAGGAAAUAAGAACAGAAAAAUGGUUUCUGAUAAUUCUAUGUUACAUACUACUGAGGUUCAGGAUGGAUAUGACUGGGGUCGCUUGAAUCUACAAUCAGUUACAGAGGAAUCAUCAUUCCAAGAAUUUCUGUCAACUGCUGAAUUAGCUGGUACAGAAUUUGAGGCAGAAAAACUUCACAUUAAAUGUAUUCACCCAAACACUAAGGUUGGCUUGCUAACAAAAGAAAAAUAUGCAGCUGUAAGACUAGAUCAUGAAAAGUACAAGGGUAGCUUGAAAAUACCAAGAAGGUAUGUAGUAUAAUUUUAGCAGUAUAAUAUUUCUCAAUGCUGGAAGGCAUCUUGAUUAUGUUCUUCAAAACAGACUUCUGAAGAAAUUGAUUUUAUGACCAUAUACAUAUUUAGAUUUUUGCUUGUUGCACAACAUUUCAGUCACUACUGUGGUCAGUUGUACUUGAAGAAGACCACAGUGUUGGAUAAAACAUCCUACAAUUAACAGAACUCUACACAUAUAGGUGGUGUGGAUUUGGUCAGACAAAAUAAUGGAGUCCUAGGAACAUAAAAACCACAUGGGAUAAGUUUUAUGGGUUCCAUUACCCUUCAAGGGCAUAAUGUCAAAGGACCUCCAAUGAAAUUGAUUUUAUGUCAAGUGUCAUCAAAUUGUCAUAGAGCUCCAUAAGGUAGUUGUUUCUUUGUUGUCAUUAAACAUGUCAUUCCCCUUCAGACAUGAUCACUCAUUCAACUGGGCCUUAUUGAAAAAUUGUCAUGCAUGAAGUUCAGCACCCAAAGAGGUUUGUUUUAAGGAUAAACAUCUGGGCCGCACUUGCUGGACCAUAGAAAUCUGAGAUUAGUUUUUACUAGCUUCUUCCCCAAGGUUUUACCCACAGAAAGAGUAGGUGGCACCUCUAAUGAAGUAACCAGAUUUGACAAGGAUGGAAGUUGGCAGUCAAUUUACUAAUGCCAUUACUUAAUAACAGUGUUUUAUGUUAGUCACAAUUCCAAGUGUAGGUGAUGGCAAGCCACAUUUUUACUGGCUUGAUGCUGUCUGGGAAGAUUUUGGUACUUGCGUCAGUUAGUCAAAAUAGGUGAUGGACAGGCCAAAAUGGAACAACUCGACAACUCCAGAAGAAUUAGACAGAAAUGAAAAAAAGCACUUUUUGGAAUGGAGACGAGCCUUGGCUCAGUUGCAGGAAGAUCAUGAAUUAAUGUUAACGCCUUAUGAGAAAAAUCUAGAAUUUUGGCGUCAAUUAUGGCGCGUGGUCGAAAGAAGUGAUGUAGUGGUACAAAUCGUGGAUGCAAGAAAUCCUCUGCUUUUCUAUUGCGAGGAUCUAGAGAAAUAUGUGACUGAGGUAUCGAAGGACAAAGUGAAUUUAUUAAUACUCAAUAAGGCAGAUUAUCUUACUAAAAAGCAGCGAGAAACAUGGGCAAAGUAUUUCUCAUCAGUUGGAAAACGAAUGGUAUUCUUCUCUGCUCGUUUAGAAACUGAAAAAGAAACAAAAUCUAAAGAUACAGAAAACCCAGAAUCUGAAACUUCAAAUCAAAUAAAUAAUGAUUCAAAAGAUGUAGAGAAUGGGAAGGUGGAUGACGAGGGCAAUUCACAGAAUGCUGAGACUGCAAGAAUGUGUAUUGAAACAUUACAAAAUGCUGUGGAGCAAAACGCGAGUGCCUUGAAUGAGAUAAUAAACAAAAUUGAAUCAGUUAUUGGAAAAGCGCAGUUAAGUGAAGAAGUAUGUCAGAUACAUAAUUCGCCUGACUUGAUCGAUAAAGAGACCAUUGUUGAACUAUUUAGAACCAUUCACACUGGAACUAAAGUAAUGCAAGGGGUUACAACAAUUGGACUAAUUGGUUAUCCUAACGUAGGCAAAAGUUCUACUAUCAAUUCCUUACUAACCAUAAAAAAACUGGCCGUGUCGGCAACGCCAGGCAAAACUAAACACUUCCAAACACUGUAUUUGGAUAAAGAUUUAGUAUUAUGCGAUUGUCCAGGAUUAGUUAUGCCUAGCUUUGUUUUUACGAAAGCUGACAUGAUUAUUAAUGGGAUCUUGCCCAUAGAUCAAAUGAAAGAUUAUAUACCCUCUAUAAACGUGAUAACCACCAGUUUUCCUCGUAACAUUCUCGAAGCACAGUAUGGAAUUAGUCUACCCACUCCUCAAGAUGGUAAAGGUCCAGGUACAUCACCUACUGCUGAAGAGUUUCUCAAUGCAUAUGCUUAUAGCAGAGGUUAUAUGACAGCCAAUGGACAGCCAGAUAUGGCUAGAGCUGCCCGGUAUAUUUUGAAGGACUACCUGAAUGGAGAAUUACUAUACUGUCAUGCUCCUCCUGGAAUUGAUCAGGAAUUUUACAGCUCCGUAACAAAUAGGAAAGUCAAAGCAAAAAAAGCGGCUCCAACACCUCACUCUAUGAGAGCUACAAGGCCAUCCUCUGUCACAAGUAAAGAUAUUGAUAAGGAGUUUUUCGAGGCACAGACUUCACAGGCACACACAAAAGGAACACCUACAUUGGAUGCUCAAGAAACAGGAAAACCUUGGAAGAAAUUAAACAAGCAUAAAAAUAAAGGGAAAAAGGAGAAGUUGCGAAGAGUUUAUGCUCACCUUGAUCAACAUUAAAAAUGAUAUUUUUGUAAAUCAAUCUUACGAUUGACUAUCUAUUUUAUAAUGUUUUAAGGGUUUAUAAAUCAAAAUAUAUGGUUUUUUACAUAUUGUGUUACUAAAAA